GACAGCGUGGUAGCGACUCCAUUCGAUACAGACAGUUCCUCGCCGCCAACACCGCCGUCGCCGCCAUGCUUCCUCACAUGACGUGGGUCCUCGCCUGCUUCCUCCUCGCCCUCAGCCUGGGUUCCUGCGUAGCCGAGGAACAAGACAGGGAUGCCCUCCAGACCAGGGCUUCAGGACCGCCCUCUCGCCCCGAUGCUGAGGAGGACGGCUCGCUCGCCGCCCACCACCUGAGGAAGAGGUUCAUUUGGACGUUAACUCAGGAGCCCUAUUUCUACGGCAAGUAUGACCACAGUGACCGCGAAGGCAGCCGAGGCCAGGCAGGGGGAAUGACCGAAACAGGCUCAGAGACGCUGCCCCAGACCAUGGCGCUCCGGAACCCGACCUCGCUUCACAAACGACUGUACCCACGCUGGUAUCAAGCCUACGUGUACAAGACCCCAAGCUUCAACAGAGUGGCCACCCCCAUCGGCGGAAGCAAGAGGUUCCAGCCGCUGCACCCCCUGGCAAGGUUCAGGGGCCUCGCCAUGGGGAGCAGCCCCGGGUACUCAGCAGGCUACCACAUCCCCUCUGACUUUCCCCUCUCGGACCAGCCUGGCCACCCCGUGCCCUCAGCCCCCAACGCCCAGCCUUCCCUGCCCUACGACGACGACGUGAACGAGGAAGGCCUGGAUGCUGCCGGGGACGAGGCAGAUAAGAUAAGCGCCGGGGACCUCCUCCGCUUCCUGAAGAACAUCGCCAGCGACAGGGGCCUCUCGAGUCACACCAAGAGCUUCAGGUACGGCAUCAGCAAGAGGAAAUAAAGAAGAGCAAUAAAAGGGAUUGGAGACAGAGACAACUAAAGGAAAUAGGCCUAAAAAUAACAACAAUACAAAAGUAUAUGGUGAAUUUUGUGGGACAGUAAUAUAGGGUUUAUGUAAUCAAUUAUAUCACAGAUAAACAAGAAUACUGCAAUAAAACUACCACAAAAAAUCGAUUAUCAUUUGAACCAAGAAUAAAGGCGCUCAACUGUAACGAAAACCAAAUGAAAUGUAAGAGUGUACAGUCGACAAAUAUUGAAUAUGUAUGUAAAAGAAUAAAGGAUUAGCCCAUA